AUGUAUCCCUUUUGCUUUUCAGUGUGUUCUCAGAAACAACCAGCCUUGAAGGCUACAAGUGACAAGAAAGAUUCUGUUUCGAAUAUAGCCACAGAAAUAAAUGAUGGACAAAAAUCUGGGACAGUGUCUUCUCAGAAACAACCAGCUGAGAAGGCUACCAGUGACGAGAAAGAUUCUGUUUCGAAUAUAGCCACGGAAAUAAAGGAUGGACAACAAUCUGGGACAGGUAAUUUUGCAAAACACAUUUAA